AAAUUAGAUUUUUGUGAAGGAUUCUGCUGUAAGCUGACUGGUCCUGAUCUGAUCGAAGCUAUCAGUUCUUUGUUAUAAAAAGCACAAAAAAUCGCCUACAUCACGAUUUACGUACAAUAUGAUAUAACUUGCAGUGAGACGAUCACUGUGUUGUAAUCAUACCGAGUGCGUGUGAAAAUCUCAUCUUAUGUCACCAAGAAAUUAAUUUUAUUUUUUUUUGUACUCGUGCAUUCUUUUCAAGGAUUUUAAUAUUUCGAAAUAAUGAAUCAAGCUCGAAAUCGAAGGAAUAUCGAAGUGGUCCAACCAACUCGGGACUACCCCGUUUUCUAUCAUGUUUUGAACGGAGGGGAUCUCUACACCCAGCCGAAAAUCAAAUCUCAACGGCAGACAGGCAGGUGGUUCGCGGUGGUUGGUGUCAACGAAUGGUGAAUCAGAAAGCUUGGUGAUUCAACAGUGAUUGUUUUUAACUUGCCGGUGAAACAGCGCGCAGUGAUUCGGAAUUUAGUGGUACCAUGCCAGUAAAUGGUAGUAAUCGACCUCCUUGGUUAAAAGAUCGAUUGGAAACAGUGAAUAAAAACAUUCCGCCAGCGUGGGCGCGUAAGAACUCUACCGGUAACGCUUCCGCGGAUGUGAAGGAUUCCAAAUCAACACAGAAAACCGAAACAACGGCAGCAAAAACGGCGCCAAUACAGAAGAAAGUAACCAGCUCAGUAGCAGCACCGGUCAAAGAAAAUGGGGAACCAGCAAAGGCUGCCAAACUGCAGUCCAAAGAAAUCAAGGUGCCAAUCGUAGUGCAACAGAAAAAACCUGUUCCACCUCCCCUGACCAAACCAAUCAAACUGGAACCGACAAUCAAGAACACCACCCCGCAAAUGACUGUUCAACGGGAACCUGUGAAACCGAAGCCCAAACCAAAGGAACCUUCGCCCGAAUCCGAAGAAGAGGAAGAAGAAUCCGAAGAAGAAGAGGAAGAAGAAGAGGAGGAGGAGGGUAGCACCGAAUAUGAAACGGAAACAGAAUCAGAGGAGGAAACUCCGCCACCGGUGAAGAAACCCGUACCGAAGCGUGAACCUUCUCCUCCCAAAUCGAAAGUGCCAAUUCAGCUUAAAAAAGUCACCAAAAGCCCGGAGAAAACCGAUACCGAGAGUAAAUCUUCCAAGUCGGAUAAAUCUUCCUCACCGGAACCGAAAACAUUUGUUAAGCCACCGCUCAAGAAGGUAAUUCGGCAACCGUCGGAGCAGGUUAGGGAACGUUCGCCAUCACCGGAACCGAAGAACUUUCGCAUUCAGCUGCGCAAGGUUCCUUCGAAUCUGAAAGCACCCCGCUUGAAGGAGAAACUUCCCGAAGUGCAGCUCAAAAAAGUGGAAAAACCACUGCUGGAAGAUAUUCCCAAAAAAGAGGAGGCGUAUCCACAUAAACCGUCGAUGCUGAAAUCUGAGAGUAGUAAAAGAAUUCCCCCACCGCCUCCGAUGCCAAAAUCUAACGUCCCACCGCCACCUCCUCCACCACCAAAGUUGGGUCCACCACCGGAUUUCAAAAAAGGAGAUGUUUCAGGAAAGCACAAGGAAUUGGUCGAGAAGCUCAAAAAACGGCCGCGUAAACGACCGGACUGGUCCGACAUGAUGAAAGAGGUAGAACAGGGUAGAAAGCUGCGCCACGUUGAAUGCAAUGAUAGAUCGAAGCCGAUCAUUCAUUCGAAAUCGAUCACCAAAGUUAAGGAUCAGUUUAUUUUUGAAACUGAGAAAGCUACGGUCCACAACGUAUUACUCAAGGAGAUCCAAUCGGGUAUAUCACUGAAACCGACCAAAUGUAAUGACCGUAGCAAACCCAACCUGGAGGGUCUGCGAAAAUUCCGUCGGCAAAUGACACUGGAAGAGCAGCUGGCGAAAUCCGAAUCCCGGGCCAAUUUGGAAGCACCACCCGUCGAUGACGAUGAAGUUGACGAAAUGGAUGACAUCGACAAGGUUCGAGAUGAUUUGCAAAGCACCAAACAACUGCUGGCGAUGGAACUGCGGAACAAUGAAGCACUCGAACGGGAGAACAAACGGCUUCUGCAGAGGGUGCAGAAUCUGGAAGCGGAACUUUCUCGCGAACGAUGGAACCCAUUGAGUGGAGACGAAAAGAGUUCCAUCAGUGGACCGGACGCUGGGUUGAUUCAGUCACUGAAAAAUGAAGCACUCGAAGCACAGCAACAGUCAAAGCAGCUGGAGGAGAAGUAUCAGACGGUGGCGAAGGAAUUGGAUACCGCUUACAAGCAGUCCGAGGAGCAGAAGCGGAAAAUUGCUGAUUUGGAGAAAAAGUUACAGUGCUUAACGGAUGAUGACUACUAUUUGAAUGAGCACCAGGGCAUAACGGAUGGAGGCAACAGUUCAACACGGCGUAUCAGUGAAGCGGCCCAAAAGGAGAGUUCUCCGGAGCUGGCACCCGAUGAGGAAGAGGAAGAAGAAGAGGAAGAGGACGAAGAGAAAAAGGCUGAGAAAGCAGCUAAGCGGUUGAGUCGCGAAGUCAACAUGCUCUCAGCUAGAUUGAUUCGACUGAAGGAAAAACAGGAAGAGAAGCACUCUGAACGGCAGGCACUGAAAUAUGCCAUGAAGACUAAUCAAUAUGCUCUGAAGAAUGAGCGUAAAAAAUAUAAGAAACUGCAAAAGGAAGUUGAUAAGAUGGCAGCUAUGAUGAAGAUGGAGGAAGAUGACGAGGAUACGGAAGAAAAUAAGGAACCAGCACCAGAAGAACCAGAAGAAGAAGAGGAGGAGGAGACUGAAGAAGAGAGCGAAUCGGAAUCAGAAUCGGAAAGUGAAAGCGAAAGUGGAAAUGAAGCGGAUGAUGCCCCUGAUGAAAAGAAGAAAGCCAAUCUGGAACCGCGCGUGAAACGACACGAAGGACGGUUAGCUUCUCUUAAGAAGGGCAACUAUCUUUUGCAAGCUAAUGUGGAUAGAAUUAAAGAUGAAAUCAAUAAAACUAGGGAGAUGUGCUGUACACUGCAGGCGGAUCUAGAUUCGGUUAUAGCAGAUCUAGGUUAAUUCGUUAUUAAUUAGUAAAUCUCUGAUCAAGCAUAUUUAAAUACUGAUACACCAGACAAAGCAAGGAUUAAAAUACUCAUUUACCUUACAGGAUACCCGGAACAAGUAAAACUCACUGUAGCCACUUAUUAUCAAAGUUCAUUUUAUAGCGAAAACCCUUCAGCAGCUUGUAGGAAUCGUUUUUAUGUAUUUUAUAUUUACAGACUAUACACGAAUAACACUGGUAAAAGGAUAAGCAGAGCCAGUCCUGGCACACAACCAAGUAUUUAAUUUGCUGUAUUUUUUUCGAAUAAAGUAAAACUUACCUGAAUUGUAAGUAAAA